AUGCAUCCCGAAGACGAGGAUGAUCCCGACGAUUUCGCGUGUGUUAACGAGGAUUUCGCCAGAGAUUUCCGAGUUAUGAUGGAGUCGCUGCUUCUCGCCGUGCUUUUGUUGCUGAGUGGUUGGGCUCUGCUUUCAGCAGGGCGAAAAAUGGGGAACACGUUGUGCAAGGGCCUCAUCGGCAGCAAAAGAAGCAAAGCAGCAGGGCAUGGAAGCCUCCAGAGCAGCGCGGAGGACGUGCGAACGGCUGUCGCGCCGCCUCCGCGACGUCAUCAUGCCAGCAAAAAUGCAGACAUCAAGAAAUUCUUGUCAGUGCCAUCUUCGUCGUCGACAGCAGGAGCAGCUGCUGGUGCUGACCCUCGUCAAAAUCAGCAGAUGAGCAAUAAUGGACACGAGCUCGUGCGACUCCAGAUCAGCAAUGCGGACUCAGUCGUGUCUGAAGCGAGUCAGCGCAGUUUUCGACGCGGAAGUGACAGCUUGGCGUGCGCGUCGCGCUCGUCCGUCGCGAUCGCUGCGUCUUCGCAGCCCCGACUGCGACUUGACGACGCACUGCUCUAG